UACAUUAAGAAAAAUGAAAAGUUCAAAUUAAAUUAUGAGCAAUGCCACUUUAAACCGAGGUGUGACGUCAGUCAGCGGCUCGCGGGCUGGACUCGUCGUGGAGAGACGCAGCUGUCCACCACCGGGACGGGACACUUUGAACCCCGAAGGACAUUUCGUGUCUUUUAUUAUCUCACUAUUAGUCUCGUGCUUCAGGGUCCAACGGCAUGUUUUACGAUAUUUAACAACACCUUUUUUCAUUUAGUGUCACAUUGAUUUUAAGAGUCAUUGGUCUUUCUUCUUAUAAUAAAUCAAAUCACUGUUUGCCCUUCAGAGAAGGUUUUAUCAUGGACUCAUUCAAACAACAGAGAGUGGAGGACUUCUAUCAAAUCGGUGAAGAGCUGGGAAGAUCCAUGAUUACUGUGUCAGCGGCCAGUUCGCCAUCGUGAAGCAAUGCAGAGAGAAAAGCUCCGGUCUGGAAUUCGCCGCCAAAUUCAUCAAGAAGCGGCAGAGCAUGGCGAGCUCGCGCGGCGUGCGGCGGGAGGAGAUCGAGCGGGAGGUGGACAUCCUGCGGCAGACCCAGCACGCCAACAUCGUCACCCUGCACGACGUCUACGAGAACCGCACCGACGUGGUGCUCAUCCUGGAGCUGGUCUCUGGGGGGGAGCUCUUUGACUUCCUGGCGCAGAAGGAGUCUCUGAGCGAGGAGGAGGCCACUCAGUUCAUCAAGCAAAUCCUCCAGGGGGUCAACUACCUCCACGCCAAGAAAAUAGCCCACUUUGAUCUCAAGCCUGAGAACAUCAUGCUGCUGGACAAGAACGCGCCGUUGCCCAGAAUCAAACUCAUCGAUUUCGGCCUCGCCCACAAGAUCGAAGCCGGCGUCGAGUUCAAGAACAUCUUCGGGACUCCUGAGUUCGUAGCGCCGGAGAUCGUGAACUACGAGCCGCUGGGCCUGGAGGCGGACAUGUGGAGCGUCGGGGUCAUCACCUACAUCCUGCUGAGCGGCGCGUCGCCCUUCCUCGGGGAGACCAAGCAGGACACGCUGGGCAACAUCUCCGCCGUGAACUACGAGUUCGACGAGGAGUUCUUCGGCCACACCAGCGCGGCGGCCAAGAAGUUCAUCAGCCAGCUGCUGGAGGAGGACAAGAAGAAAAGAUUAACUAUUCAAGAUGCUCUUAAUCACCCAUGGAUCAAGUCCAACGAGCACAAGGAGGAGAGCAAAGCUCAGGAACCCAAGAAGCGGGAGCGCCGCCAGCUGAAGACCACGCGCCUGAGGGAGUACACCAUCAAGUCCCACUCCAGCAUGCCGCCCAAUAACACCUACGUCAACUUUGAGCGCUUCGCCCAGGUGGUGGAGGACAUCGACCAGAUGGAGGGCUCCUUCGCCCGGCUCGCGGCGGCCCACGACUCCCUGCAGGAGGACAUCGACGCCACGGUGUCCAUCUACAACGAGAAGGAGGCCUGGUACAAGGAGGAGAGCGAAGGCGUCCGCCACGAGCUCUCGCAGAUCCGCUACGAGUUCCGCAAGGUGGAGGCCCUCAAGAGGAGCCUGCAGGACGACAUGCGGGCCUUCGGCUCCGGCCUCGGCGCCGUCAGCGGCCGCUACCGGGAGAGGCAGAGCCACUUCGAGGCGCUGCGUCUGGAGCUCGCCAACGAGCUGAAGUGGGUGCAGGAGGUGAUGGGUUCUUUCCCCGCGGACGGAGGAGGAGGAGGAGGAGGUCACACCGGCUGCAGCUUCUCCACCGUCUUCAACGACGACGUGAACGAAGCCCUGAAGGAGCUGCUGAACCGCUCCCGGGGAGGAGAGCUGCUGACCGGGAUCAACCUGGACCUUGAAGCUGGACAGCAGAGAUGAUGACAGCGGCCGGUAUUUCUAACCCAGCUCACCUGAGGCUACUCCACUACCCAGCAUGCACCUGGCUGCAUAGUGUCCGGUGACAGCACAAACAAGGAGGAUGAAAACAGUGGGAGGUUGAGUCAACAUCUUCACAGAGACGCGAAUCCAUCAUGGUCCAGGACCAAGCCGCUGAUGCAGGAGCAGGACUCUGAUUGGUCCAGAGGAGAUGGACUCUGAUUGGACCACAGGAGGUGGACUCUGUGUCUACAUCAUGAUGCUUGGUGCUCAAAGACAGUCAAAAACGAUGCACAAUGUUUCUCUUGUAUUUUGUUGGUUUGCAAACGGGCCACAACAGCAUCCCUGUGUGGCAUGACGUCAAUAAACAACUUUGAAUUUAGGAAACGUUUAUUGCCAUAGUAUGUUUAUUAUGUUUAUAGUACGUUUAUAGUACGUUUAUUGCCAUAGUAAUCCUUGGAUUGAUGCUUCGUACUUUUUGAUGAUCGAAUAUAAAGGACUGAAGAUAAACAUUUACAUGCCGAAAAUAAGGAAAUGUUCAAAAAGCCAAGUCCUCUCAGCAUAACUUUUACUGAAGGAGAUGAAGUGGCUUUUUCUUUAUUUACUACAAUAACCUUUAUUUGUGGUUGAUUGUAGCGCCCCCCGGAGGACUAAAGCAGUAGUGUCUCCUACCACCAGGGUCCCUUUAGAAGCCCUCUCACAGCAGGGGGCCUGGGCGUGUGUUCAUUAUGACUCAUUACUCAAAACCCAUUCUACCCAACAAACAAGUUGUACAAAACAUAUAUAUAUAUAUAUAUAUAUGUGUGUGUGUGUGUGUGAUACAUGGAUUUAAAAAUAUAGUUAUAUACAGUAUAUUAGAUGUUGUUUUUAUUAUAAUGUGUUCAUAAUAUGUGUUUUACACUAUUGUAUAACUGAAAAUACACAAAGGAAGC